UUGAAGUUGCUGCGAAAGGGAACUAAGGUCUAAACGACAACUCUUUCUCUUAAACUGUAAGACAUGGGUGGUGACAACCAGUUGCAACGAGAAAGAGCGAUUGAAAACCGACGAAACGAACCGCGUGAAUAGUAUUUGGACAGCUUUAAGCUACUUUUUCCUGGAAUGCGAAGUUGACCCUCUCGCUUUUUGUUUUCUUUUUACUUUUUAGUCCAGAUCACACUGAAUUAAAGACGUUGAAUAUACAAAUACAAUGCGUUUAUUUGGUAGUCUUCUCCAUAAGAUAUGUACUGUAGUGACUGUCUUGUGUCUGAUACACAUUGGUGUAUCUUUAUUUUAUUAUUUGAAUGAAUCGCGUUCUGUGCUUCUACGAAACCAGCAAACGCAAUCGGAGGCACCAAGUCAAACUGUCAUUGCUUCCACCGCCACAUCAAGAGGAUUAGAUGUAAACGUUACUGCUGCUCCAGUAAAGACCGUCAAAGUGUUAGAAAAAUGUCCAGACCCGUCUCCAAUUUUAGUUGGGCCUUUACGAGUCGAGUUCUCUGACCCAGUAAACUUGGAACUGGUGAGGAAGGAGAAUGCAAACGUGAAGGAUGGAGGUCGUUAUCGGCCCAGCGACUGCGUGGCCCUGCAGAAGGUUGCCAUAAUUAUACCCUUCCGACACAGAGAUGAGCACUUGAAAUACUGGCUGUACUACUUACACCCCAUCCUCCAGCGUCAACAGCUGGACUAUGGUAUUUAUGUCAUUAAUCAGGCUGGUGAGGAUACCUUCAACCGUGCUAAGUUGCUGAACGUGGGUUAUGCAGAAGCCCUGAAGGAAUACGACUACGACUGUUUCGUGUUCAGUGAUGUUGACCUCAUCCCCAUGGAUGACCGCAACACCUAUAAAUGCUACAACCAGCCUCGUCAUCUCUCUGUGUCUAUGGAUAAAUUUGGCUUCAGGUUACCCUAUAAUCAGUACUUCGGAGGAGUGUCGGCCCUGAGUAAAGAACAGUAUCUGAAAAUCAAUGGCCUCCCAAACAACUACUGGGGGUGGGGAGGAGAAGACGAUGACAUUUACAACAGGUUGGUUGCGCGAGGUAUGUCGGUUUCUCGUCCCGACGGCGUAAUCGGUAAGUGCCGAAUGAUCCGGCACAACAGGGACGCGAAAAACGAGCCCAACCCGCAAAGGUUUGAUCGAAUCGCCCACACAAGAAUUACAAUGAACAAAGACGGCAUUAACAGUCUUCAGUACAAAGUUCUGAACGUUGAGAAGGACCAGUUGUUCACAAAAAUUACAGUAGAUAUUGGGAAGCCAACUUAGCACUGGAAAAGCUUGGAACACAAGAAAAUGAUGUGUUCUUCACCAGUGUUUCAAAGUUUACUAUGGACUGCAAAGAAUAGGAUUGUUUUUUACAUUCGAUGACCACUGCACAACUGGCUUGGCGAUAUACAAAAUCUCUCAUCCUGUUACGUGAUGAGAAAGAAGAUCUUUUUUUUUCUCAGUGAGAAAGUAUAAAUUCUUUGAAUAGAGAAGACAGGUAUUCUCUGGAAGCAGCUGGAAUGUCAGUUGAACAAAGAGAUUAUGCAAAACCUGUCUCCCAGACAAGGUGUGAUUUGCUAACAGGAGCCAAAGCGCUAAGACGACACAACCACACAGACGGGAAUAUUCUGAAUGGAAUAUUCUUUAUUUGAUUCAUCAUCUCACUUGGAAAAGACUCUUAUACAAGAAACCUGCAAGGCCUUUCAAAUGGGACUUAAAGCGGUGAGAAAGUAUAAAUUCUUUGAAUAGAGAAGACAGGUAUUCUCUGGAAGCAGCUGGAAUGUCAGUUGAACAAAGAGAUUAUGCAAAACCUGUCUCCCAGACAAGGUGUGAUUUGCUAACAGGAGCCAAAGCGCUAAGACGACACAACCACACAGACGGGAAUAUUCUGAAUGGAAUAUUCUUUAUUUGAUUCAUCAUCUCACUUGGAAAAGACUCUUAUACAAGAAACCUGCAAGGCCUUUCAAAUGGGACUUAAAGCCAAUGUCUUCACUGAAUGUGAAAAAAAAACAUAAUUUAUAGGCUCUGCUAAAGCAGAUACUGGGAUAUUCCCAUUGUUUGCCUCUAUAACUUAUAUGUCCAUUAUGUGAAUAUGUUUUAAGUGCCUUGUUUGCUUCCCUCCCUCAGGAAAUGGUGUAAUGCAGUAUCCUCUUAGGGGUGGGUCUAAGAUUUACAUUUUUAUUAAGUUUUUGAAAAACUAUGGAAUCUUUAUCGUGUGUUUAUACAUAUGCAGUCCUUUCUGUAUUCUCUGAGGUUCUUGUAAAAAAAAAAAACCACACAGGAACGUUUUGAUAUUUUUCAUGCCAAUGCUAUGUUAAGUACAAUGACUGAAGUGUACUUAAUGUCUUUUUGAAUGGUGUCUUACAAGAACAUUACGUGAAACCAAUGUUACAGAUAAAAAUUUGAAGUGUUCUUCAAUUGAACUCAGGGCCGCAGAUGUGAAAACAUCUUAAGGAAUAUUCUUCUUUCCAUUUCCUAAGACUUUUGAGGUGAUUGUAUACUUGACUGUUUUAAAGGUUAUGCCUUAAAUUGGUGAAAGAAAUAUAUUUUGUUGAUUUCUUUGUGUUCUUUGUCUCUGUGCGAAAUAAAUCCUCAUUUAACUGGGUAAUCUGGAAAAAGCCACAA